CGUGAUUUCAUUGUGGUCCGGGCGCUCGCGGUAGUAGGAGGAGUUACGGUCGAGCAGACGUGGCAACACAUGACGUCAUCAAAGAGGGUCGCUGGGUUGUUCAUGGGUGUUGUGUUGAGCUAUUCCAGCUAGCAGGUGUAAAGCAGAGAAGAUGAUGGAAGAAAGUGGGAUCGAGACGACGCCUCCUGCCAGCCCCACACCUCCUCUCAAUGCCUCUGCCAGCACCCCCCCGAUGUCCGUCGGUCUGUCCACCACCACCUUCUCCCCCCAUCUCCCCCCUGUUUCCUCCAUCUCUUCCUUCAGCAGCCCCAUGGCGGCUCACCCCUCACUUUCCUCCCCGUUCCCCCCUCCCUCCACACUUUCCUCUCCGUAUACAAGCAGCUCUCCAUUUCCUCCCCUCUCCUCUCCAUCUCCAUCUUUUCCUCCCCCCCUCUCCUCCCCCAUGGCCCCGCCUCCUCCCCUCUCGGCUCCUCCCCCUAUGGGUCCGCCUCUCUCAAACUACUCCAUGAGCGCAGGAUAUGACAUCACUCGGGGUCACGCAGGAAGAACGCCACAAACACCGCUGAUGCCCACAUUCUCCAGUCCCAACGCCAUGCCAGCUAUGGGUCCGAACCCCAUGGUCCAGCAGCCCCUGAUGAUGGGGGGAGUCGACGGAUCUCCCAUCACCUUCCCCGAGGAGCAGGAGGACCCCAGAGCGCCGAGCCAGGCCAACGCUGGGGGGGGAAUCUGGGGCUUCUUCAGGGGAGUAGCAGGUAACCCGGUCGUAAAGAACGUCCUGGACAGAACCAAGCACUCAGUGGAGUCCAUGAUCACCACCCUGGACCCGGGCAUGGCUCCAUACAUCAAGUCUGGCGGGGACAUCGACAUCGUGGUGACUUCAGAUAAGGAGCUGCACGUGGAGGCGGUCAGAGACGCCUUUCAGGAGGUUUUUGGGAUGGCGCUGGUCACCGGAGAGCCCGGGCAGUCCAACAUCGCCCCGCAGCCCGUGGGAUACGCAGCCGGAGUUAAGGGGGCUCAGGAGCGCAUAGACAGCCUGCGUCGAGCCGGUGUGAUCCACGAGAAGCAGCCCGUCGUCUCUCUGGAAAACUUCAUCGCUGAGCUCUUCCCCGACCGGUGGUUUGAUAUCGGAUGUUUGAUCCUGGAGGACCCGGGUCACAGCAUCCGCAUCGAGGUCUUCACUCAGACCACUCCUCUGGCUCUGGAUCACAUCCAGCAGGUACACAUCUGUCACUGCCCAGUCCCUGACCCCCCCCGACUACAGCCUGCGUUGGUCAGGUCUGAUCGCCACAGUGGGCGAGGUGUUGGAGCGCAGCCUGCCCAACAUCAACCGGACUGACUGGCAUCAGGCCAUGACGGGCAUGACGCAGCGCCAGAUGAUCCACAGCGCUGCCAAAGCUCUGGCUGGGAUCUACAAACAGCAGCUGCCCCCCCGGACUGUGUGAGGCUCUCAAACUAACACGGGGCGCGGGUGGACACACUGGGAGACAAACCUGGCUGAUGGGACAGCAGAGGAUAAUCGUACAUCCCCAAAAAGCCCAAAUGCACACCUGUUUUUUAAAGAUGUCGAUGCUCACAGAUGAUUACUGACAUUCCAGCAGGAUUUCACUGAUCAGAUCUCAAGUCAGGCGUUAACUAAUCAUCUCAUCCUCCUUUAAACAUAUUUACACAUCCUGCAUAUUGAUACCAACAAACUAAACGCAUAAAGUGGUGCAGGAAUGAGUCGUUAAACCAGAAAUGAGUUAGCAUAAUUACGUUUUUUCAAAUUGUGUUUCUCGGUUAGAUGCCUGAUAUGAACUUAGAAUAUGUUAGUAAAUGUCAUCACUUCACGACUCUAUUAUACUCAUAGGACAUAUUCUAGAGGUCAGCACAGAUCCAAAGUCUACUCAAACUUACCUUAUUUAAAAAGUAUGCCAAAAUGUGUCCGAGCAGACCCGAGAAGGCUCCGACUAUAUACUGUAACACUGUCAAAUCUGCUGUGUACUCAGAUUGGCCGUGCUCUAUUGUAGAAGUUCCUUUUUAAAGAAACUAAUGUCCUGUUUUUGUAGAAACAGUGAAUUACUCAAGGUGUGUCCUGACACUAUCGCCAAUUUCACAUUUGAAAACCUUAACUAGCGGGUAGAAAAUGUGCCAAUGAUCUUAUUUUGUGUGCAUUUCUUGAUUUCUGAUCUAGACUACGAGCCGUCCACUUUUUUAUUUUUUCAAGCUGUAAAUAAACCCUUUCUUAUUUUGCAAAUUGUCCAUCGACCGUGGGGUAGCUUGGCACCUGUUCACCCCCCUUGCUAUUCUUAAGCUUUCCAAAUGUGUGUAAUAAUACGUUUCUGUGUGGAAUUUGGAUGAAACUAAAAUCAUUUAACAAAUAACUUAUUUUAGUGUCAAAAUAAGAUUUUAACAUCGGAUAAUGAAGCAGCACCCAUCUAACGGCCUUUAUCAGUUGUCAUAUCUCUUAAUUCACAUAUUUUCAUUAAUUUGCAUGAUAGGUAAGGUAGGUUUAAGUCAUUUGCCAAACAGUAAACUCAGGGUCUGAGACUGGCCGUUUCUCAAUGUCGAGUAAACCUACUGCAGAGCCACUAUUUCAAGUACACUACGUCAUCGAGUGGCGCCGAAGGACUGUUUAAAUUCAUGUUAAAUGCCCAGCAUUCGGCGCCACUCGAUGACGUAGUAUACUUGAAAUAGUGGCUCUGCAGCAGGUGUACUCGACAUUGAGAAACGGCCCUUGUCUCCUGUAAAAACCCUUUAAAGCUGACUUGAUAAGAAGCCAUUGAGCUGAAACUGUUAUGACGCGUUUGUUCCUUUCAAAAUGUGGGUCUUUACUGAAUAACCUUGUUUAAGACAAUUCGAAUUUGUGUCAAACUAUGAUAAAUAAUGAGUGUGAAUUGUAAUAUUCUGCUAACCCUGCUAUAGACUGUAAGCAGUGGACAUAGUUAUAAUGAAGAUGAGCCAUUUGAAGCCUGGAGUUUGUCAUAUUCUGCAUUUUCAUCUUGUUUUUUGGCACCAGAAGUGACCAUAUUUGGAUAAGAGUGUAGAGUACGGAAAUUAUCUGCAUUGCAACGCCUCUAUCCUGAUUGAUAGGUCACUAUGGUAGCGACCUGUCAAUCACAAAGAAGUCCCGCCCACAAGCUGAGUUUACGUCCACUUCUUUAACACGGUUUGCUCACGUCGACAUUUUGUCUGUGUUAUGUUGACCCUUAAAAAUAAUAAUUUACUGGACAAAUAAGACUUGUAUUGAUAUUUAACUGUUUUCAAAUGUUAACACAUGGGUGGUAGAAUUGUAUUACUGUUUUUUGUGUCUUUAAAUUAAUAAUGACAUCUUUUUUUAAAUAUAUAACUUACCAAAUGGCUCUAGCAUUUACAUUGCUAAUCCUGACUGAGUGAAAAGUGCAAAAUUGGUCUUACAUUUUAUUUAAAGGGCAUUAAAGAAGUCUUAACCUGCCUUAAGCGUUAGCAACCAUAAACUUAAAAAUCACUUUUAAACUGAUGCAACACUUCAGUGUGCAGAUUGAUGAUUUAGGCUUUGUUUGUGAUCAUCAAAGCACAACAACACCUUCUACACAUCACUCUUUAGUCAAGCAGGAUAAGUGCAUGCUGGGUAGUUUGCAACUGGGACACAGCUAGAUGUCAUGAGUUUAAUUUAAAACCCACAGUAACACAUUAAUUGAUUCUUGCAACAUGUACACAUCGUCACGGUCCUGCUGUCUGAGGUCAAAUCACAUUUUCACUCUUGAGCAUUUGCAGCAGGACUCUUAUCAGUAACCAAUUAAUGUAUUUGUUUGCAGCAGUUGAAACAGCGUCACAAAUGGAGAUAGAUUAGACUGCUGGUGAAGUUUGAGGGGAGAGACGUUCAUAUGUGUACUCAGUGUCCCCUUUAAUGUGCCUUUUGACAAAAAUAAAUCACUUUUUCACACUG